AUGUCAUCUUUACCAGGAACAGUACCACGAAUGAUGCGACCAGCGCCUGGCCAGAACUAUCCUCGCACUGGAUUUCCUCUGGAAGUGUCAACUCCUUUGGGCCAAGGUCGGGUAAAUCAGCUUGGUGGUGUAUUCAUCAAUGGCAGGCCACUGCCAAAUCAUAUCCGUCAUAAAAUAGUAGAGAUGGCCCACCACGGCAUCCGUCCUUGUGUGAUCUCCAGACAGCUACGGGUGUCCCAUGGCUGCGUGUCCAAAAUUCUCUGCCGGUACCAAGAGACCGGUUCCAUCCGUCCCGGAGCAAUAGGAGGAAGUAAACCCAGGCAAGUAGCAACACCUGAUGUGGAAAAAAGAAUUGAGGAAUACAAACGCGAGAACCCCGGUAUGUUCAGCUGGGAAAUUCGGGACAAAUUACUGAAGGACGGGGUGUGUGACAGAAGCACAGUUCCCUCAGGUGAGGCCUCAUCUGUGAGUUCCAUUAGUCGGGUUCUUAGAGCUCGUUUUGGCAAAAAGGACGAUGAGGACGAUGGUGAUAAAAAGGAUGAAGGCGGGGAGAAGAAAACAAAACACAGUAUCGACGGCAUACUGGGGGACAAAGGCGGGCGUAUUGAUGACGGCUCAGACGUGGAUUCGGAACCGGACCUGCCUCUGAAGAGGAAACAACGGCGAAGUCGCACCACCUUCACUGCUGAGCAGUUGGAGGAGCUGGAGAAGGCCUUUGAGAGGACACAUUACCCAGACAUCUACACUAGAGAAGAGCUUGCCCAGAGGACCAAACUCACAGAGGCACGUGUGCAGGUGUGGUUCAGCAAUCGACGGGCCAGGUGGCGCAAGCAAGCUGGAGCCAAUCAGCUGGCAGCAUUCAACCACUUGUUACCGGGGGGCUUCCCACCAACGGGCAUGCCUACUUUGCCCACCUACCAACUCCCAGAGUCCACGUACCCGUCAACCACUUUAUCACAGGAUGGCAGCAGUACAGUGCAUCGACCACAGCCGUUGCCCCCAUCUACCAUGCACCAGGGCGGGCUUUCCACUGACAGUGGCUCUGCCUAUGGCCUCUCAUCCAAUCGGCACAGCUUCUCCAGCUACACUGACAGCUUCAUGAGCCAGUCAGCAUCCAGCAACCAUAUGAACCCCGUCAGCAAUGGUCUCUCCCCACAGGUGAUGAGCAUUCUGAGUAACCCCAGUGCUGUGCCCCCACAACCACAGCAUGACUUCUCUAUAUCACCCCUGCACAGCAGCUUGGAGUCCUCCAACCCCAUCUCCGCCAGCUGCAGCCAGCGCUCUGACCCCAUCAAGACCGUGGACAGCCUGCCAUCCUCCCAGUCUUACUGCCCGCCCACGUACAGCUCCACCAGCUAUAGUGUUGACCCUGUCGCUGCGGGAUACCAGUACAGCCAAUAUGGCCAAACUGCAGUGGACUACCUGGCGAAGAAUGUGAGCUUGUCUACGCAGAGGAGAAUGAAGCUUGGAGAACAUUCGGCGGUUCUAGGACUGCUACAAGUGGAAACUGGACAAGCAUAUUGA